GGCGAUACCAAGGACACGGCAGAAAGAAAAGAAGCGCAAAGUAUCAGGAGAGCAUUCCAUUUGCAUCACAACACAUAUUGAAUCUACCACAAAACCACGGUCCUGACGAUUUCAUCAUGAAGUGGCAGUUGUCUUUGUCAGCGAUUUUCCUAUUGGUUACUAUGGUUUUCAUCGUUACGGCGGUUCCAGUGGACAAGAAGAAUGCAUUGAAUGAACCGCAACUAUUGUCAAGCGGAGAAAUUGACGAUUAUGGCGCCCUGACUGAUGAUCAUGGAUGUGAAGACGAUGCAGAAGAUGGCUGUGAUGACGAUAAAGUAGAUGACUGUGAUGACGAUGAUUGUAACAUCAAUGAUGACAGCGAAGGUGACGGUGAUGAUGAUGCUUGUGAUGACAACGUCGGUUGUGACAUUGACGAAGAUGAUGAUGAUGACGAUGAUGAUUGCGAUGAUGACGAUUGUGAUGAUGACGAUGCUGAUGAUGAUUGUGAUGAUGACAAUUGUGAUGAUGACGAUGCUGAUGAUGACUGUGCUGAUGGCGAUGAAUGUGAUGACAACGACGAUAAAGAUGACAUUGCUACUGAUGAUGGUGAUGAUGAUUGUAAUGAUGACGAUAAUUGUGAUGAUGACGAUGAUGAUGGUGAUGACGGCGAGGGUGACGAUUGCGCAGAUGACGAGGGUUGUGCAUCUUUCCCCGACGACGAUGCCGAUGAUGGUCCUAGUAAACUUCUCACCCUAUUUUAACAAAUCAAGUUGUUAUUGCCCUUCCUAUAAAUUAUUUAUAUCAUCGUUGUUUUCACUAUAGAAAUAUGAUUUUUUUUGCUAAUGCAGUUCAAUGUGAUCAAUUAUUUAUUUUGAGUGUAAGUAGUUGAUAAUAUCCAGAUAUCGCUCAUUUUAGCAGUAAUGAAGAGAUGUGAUUGUAUUUUUAUGUAUUGUCUGAUAACUGUUAUACCUCACGAAAUAAACAAGUUCAUCAAUAUAUUUUAAAUUCUGUGUUUUGGUGAUAAAAAUACUACACAAUAUAGGCUUACACGUUGGUAUUGAGGCUCAAUUUUGAUUUCCGUGAUAAAAAGUUAAUAAAAUAUCACGAGAUUCAAUGACAAUAAAGGAUAUGACCGUUUAUGACAAGAUAUCAAAGCUAUUAUUUCGUGACACACUUGUAUGCAGAUAGGUGCAAGGUGCACAUCGCUACAACAGAAGGACAGAUCACCCUGAUAUAAAUUAUAUAGGCCUAUAUGUUAUAUAGACCGUUUGUUUGUAAAAACGAAAUAAAUGUUCACUGCGUC